GUUGAGCGGUAGAACUGUAAACACCAGUCAAGUCUCACAGAUGCUAACCAAGCCGUCAGGUAGCUGUGGUAACUACAUAACUAACAAGCAAUACUGUGUGUGAAAUGUUACGUUAGAUAUCUUCUGGCUAGACACGUAAGUUACGUACAAUAUCAGUACUUUCCAAUGGUCCCAGGUGGCUAGCUUAUAACCUGUGUCUUACAAGUUAGCUAACGUUAGAGAGCUAGCUCACAAUAACAAUUAGAAAGUCGUUGAGGACACAUUUUCUAAGGUUCUGAGAUGGAACGGGCCUUUUUGGGGUCACUGCAAGACCAUGAAGUUGGCUCAGUGCUGUCGUCGUGCGAGCCGGAGCUGCAGGAGUUGAUGAAACAGAUAGACAUCAUGGUCAACAACAAGAAGAAUGAGUGGGAGGCUGAGAUUCAGGCCAUGGAGUUGCGUCUGCAGAGAGGCGAGCAGGAACUGCUGUCGUCCAAAACUCUUCUAGACCAGCGGAACUCAGAGAUGUUGAGAGUGAGGCAGGCGGUGGUGUCCCUGUUAGACCUCCAGGGAACAGGGUUUCGGAUGUUGCGAGAGGUAGUGGAGAAGAGACGACAGCAGGUGGUCUCACUCCGCAGGGAUCUGCUGGGGGUCCAGGCUGGGAGACAGGAGACAGUCGCCAAGUACGAGGAGCAACUUCUGCACGUCCAAGAUGAGUUGUCUAAACUAAAACGCAGCUACCAGAAGCUCCAGAGCAAACAGCAGAAGGCGUCUCUCCAGGGAGCCAGGGACAACGGCUCUGAGGUCGCCCGCCUCAACAGCAAGCUGGAGGAGUUCCGUGGGCGCUCGGCCCAGUGGGUGCUGGAGAGAGCUCAGCUCCAGAAGCUCGUCUCCAGGCUGGAGGCCCAGAGGAAGACUGAGCAGAGCUCCAACAGCAAGGCCCAGACCCCCUGGCUGCAGGAGGGGGCCAGCAGGGUGGAGGUGGAGCGUCUGCGGGGCCAGCUGCAGAGAGCCCAGGACACGCUGCACGGCCAGGAGCUGGAGCUGGAGCGCCUGCGCCUCCUGCAGGAAGGAGAGCCCUGGGGGGAGGGCAGCAGGGUGUGUUCGGAGGAGAAGGAGGGUCAGCGUGGCCCCCUGGCCCCCCAGGGCCCCCUGGCCCCCCAGGGCCCCAGCCUGCAGCUCCAGCAGCUACGCAGUGAGGUGUCGAGGCUCACCCACGACCUGCAUGCCAAAGAACUCACCAUCAGGGCCCUGGAGGACUGCCUCGGGGCCCAGGGGACGUGUCCGGGGGUAGGGACGCUCCGUCAGGACCUGGAGCUGACGUCCACCCAGCUGCUCGCCGCCCGCGCCUGUGAGGGUCACCUCCGCGCUGAGCUGGGCCGCCUGCGAGACAGAGUGGAGACCCUGAGCAAGCAGAGAGGAGAGAUGACCAGGAGGGAGCAGGACCACAGGCUGGCUGGAGAAGAUGUCCUCCACUCAGCGCAGGAGGUCAGGAAGCUGAGGGAGGACCUCCUGCGGGCGGAGCAAACUCGGAGCGGCCAGGUGGAGGGCAUGAGGAAGGAGGUGUCCCAGCUGACCAAUGAGCUGCACCUGCGUGACAUCACCAUCGCCACGCUCAGUGGCUCCGCCUCCAGCAUGGAGCGGCAGCUGAGAGGAGAGGUGGAGCGGGCGGAGAGGCGCGCUGCAGAGCUGAAGGUGACUCGGGUGCAGCUGGAGACGUUAAAGAUUGAGAACCAGCAUCUGAACGACCUCCUGGAGAGGGUGGAGAAGCGCUCGCCCCAGAAGGACGAGUGUUCUCUGGGCUCUCUGAGGGAGAGCUAUGUGUCGUCUCUGGCCAGUCUGGAGCAGGAGAACCAGCAGCUGAGAGAGGGGCUGGCGGCGGCCGGGGCGAGGCUGGAGGCCAGCGCUCAGACCUGGCAGGACAAGUACCAGAGAGCCCUGCUUCACGGCCCUGCCAGGCCUGGCCACGCUGCCCCUACUCUGGACAGCUCCUCAGAGGUGAGGCAACACAAAGGGGAUGGAUCAAAGCUCCAAACUGCUCCUAGUGGACCCUCUCCUGGUGCUGGUGCUGGUCUUGGUGCUGCUCGAGAGGCUCAGUGUUCCAGCUCAGAGGAAGCCCUUCACCUGCUGGCCAGUGAGGAGGUGUUCCCCAUGGGGCGCUGUGCCGCCUCCCCGGUGGAGGCAGUGGCGUCCCGCUUCCUGGAGGAUGAGGAGGAGCGCUCCCAGCAGCUCCUGCUGCAGCUCGACGCACACAUCCAGGGUCUGAAGGACGACAGCGCCCGCACCCUCCUCCGCUACGCCCAGCCCGACAGGAAGCAGGAAGUGAACAGGAAGUGAACAUGAAGUGAAGGACCUGAGGAGGUUAUGGGCACGUCCUCGGCAGCCUCUCCUCCACCCAGCUCUUCUGCAGCGGGGGCUGGGUCCUGCCAGGAUGGAUGACUGGUAGUGGAGCAUGGAGGCCUGUCUGAGGAGUGUGUGUGUGUGUGUAUGUCCAGCCCCUCCUCUCCUCCUGGUGUAACCAAGUCCUGAUGGAGGAAGGUGAGCACUGUACCAGUCUGUCAUGACCUCCUCUCCUCCCUCUCUCAUCCCUGUCCUCCUUCCCUCACCCCUCCUCCUU